AUGGCGACCACAGAUAUCAAAAAGGUCGUCAUUCUUGGUGGUGGAGCUGCUGGGCUUCUUAUAGCCAUGAAACUUGGGCCUGAAAAGAAGAAGCAUGGCAUUGAUGUGACGCUCGUUGAUUGCAAGUCAUUUUUCGAAUAUACACCGAGCCUUAUCUCUGUAUUGUACGAGCCAACUGAUGAUCAAUUUCAAAAGCACUUCCACCGAAUCACAGCAGAUUAUCCAUCAUUUUUAUCCAAUUAUGGAGUCAACUUUGUGCUUGGAAUGGUGGAUGAUAUCAAUGAGCAAACGGUGAUUCUUAAGGGUGGCCAAGAAUUGACAUACGACAUUGCCGCUAUCUGCACAGGAUCAUUUUAUCAUGACCCAUGGAAGAUCCCUUGCCAAGAUAAUAACGAAGAUGCCACAAACGAGCCACACUUGAUGCAAUUAUCUAACAGGUUGGAUUACUUGCGAGAGAAGCGUGAUCAAUAUAAAGCAGCCCAAAGUAUCUUGUGUAUUGGUGCAGGGCCUGUUGGUGUGGAGGUUGCCACGGAGAUUGCAUGCAGGGCACCACAAAAGCAGGUGACAUUGGUGAGUGCUACGGACGCUGUUCUUAGUGGCGGGUCAUUGGGUGAUGGUGCAAAGCGAGUGCUUGAUCGCCUUGAUUCCGUCAAAUUGAUUUUGGGAGAAAAAGCACAACCAAAUCAGGAUCAACCUAUGAUCUUCAAAACAUCCGAAACGCAUCAAGAGAUCCAUUGUGAUCUUGCUUACACUUGCACCGGCAUUCGACCCAAUACCCGAUUUUUGGAGAAAUCUCAUGCUAGUUGGCUGGAUGACAAGAAGCAUGUUCGUGUGGAUCCCUUUUUUCAAGUUGAACGUGAUGCAGGGGAUGGCAACAUUUUCGCUAUUGGUGAUGUGAAUAACAUGGAUGAGCCCAAGCUCUUUUUCACUGCCCAUAUGCAAGCAGUACAUUUCGCACGCAAUGUAAAGAAUCUUUUUAGAGGGGCAGCAGUGCAACCUUAUUGUGGAUGUCAAAUAUCGAUGGUGGUAUCACUUGGACCAUCUCAUGCUAUUGGAUCAAUAAGUGGGAUUGUCUUAAAUGGAUGGCCAUUAGGUCUUCACAAAGGCAGCAAGCUGGCAGCAUUAGCAAAGCACGUGAUCGAGCGCAUAUCAAUGAAUGAUUUCAACACCAAGGAAACUGCCAAUGAUUUAAUUUACCACACACAUGAAAAGGGACAUCUCUUUCAAAAGCUGAUCACAGCAAUCAUUAGGCGAUCACAUAGCACAUCAGACUGA